UGACUACCCUCACAUAUCGCGAUGUGAGCAGCAUUUCCUGACUGCUUAAAAACAUGGCAGAUGCGUCUGGACUAAAGUGGGACCGGUGUCUUGCUGAUACCGCCGUGAAAACCGUCACUGGCCUCGGUGUGGGGAUGGCCUUCUCGUUCCUCGUCUUCAAGCGACACACAUGGCCUGCCUCACUGGGUGCAGGCCUGGGCUUUGGGAUGGCGUAUUCCAACUGCCAACAUGACAGGAGAUUGCCCCAUCUGCUGCACGGCCACAUGGUUAAGGACCAGCAGUGAGGGACGGGCCGGGUAACUGGUGUAACCAUUCCCUUGUCCCUGCCAUUUAUCUCGUCAACAAGUUUCUCUCACAUUUUGCUGCAGAUUUCUGUGUAAAAACGAAUCCGCCCCUUGAUAUUCUUAUGUAUGUUUAAAGGCAGUGGUUGUAUAUUUAAUUAAAGAAUUAUGAACUGCU